AUGGCCAAAGUGAGGUGGGCGUGGCCAAAGCAAGGCGGUGCCGCGCAGGCGGUGCCGCGCAGGCGGUGCCGCGCAGGCGGUGCCGUGCAGGCGGUGCCGCGCAGGCGGUGCCGCGCAGGCGGUGCCGCGCAGGCGGUGCCGCGCAGGCGGUGCCGCGCAGGUGAGGCUGGGCCGGCCAGGUGCCCCUCCCCCGGAAUGAGGCGCCCCUUCCCAGCAGCCCUGCGGCCGGGAGGAGGAGGGGCGGCCCGGGGCCAGCCCCACCCCCACUCCACCACUCCACCCACAGGCUCCGUGCAGGAUGACGGGCAGCAGUCCGGUGUCCCCGGCCUCGUCUCUCGGGUCCUCGGCAGCCCCUCCCCUGGGCUCCCUGGGACCCCCCUGACGGCCCCCGGCCCCCGAGCCCCCCAGUCUGCAGGGACCGCACCCAGGCCGAGAUCGCCGAGGCAGGCCAAGCACGAGGUGGAGGUGGAGCCCCAGGAGGCGGAGGUGGAGCACCGUGUGGCGGAGAUGAAGCGGGAGGGGUUCUGGUCCCUGCGGCGCCUGCCGAAGGUGCCGGAGCCGGCGCGGCCCAAGGUGCACUGGGACUACCUGUGCGAGGAGAUGCAGUGGCUGGCGGCCGACUUCGCCCAGGAGAGGAGGUGGAAGAGGGGCGUGGCCAGGAAGGUGGUGCGGAUGGUGAUGCGGCACCACGAGGAGCAGCGGCAGCGCCAGGAGCGCGCCAAGCGGGAGGAGCAGGCCAAGCUGCGCCGCGUGGCCGCCGCCAUCGCCCGCGAGGUGCGGCACUUCUGGAGCAGCGUCGAGAAGGUGGUGCAGUUCAAGCAGCAGUCUCGGCUGGAGGAGAAGCGGAAGAAGGCUCUGGACCUGCAGCUCGACUUCAUCGUGGGCCAGACCGAGAAGUACUCGGACCUGCUGAGCCGCUCCCUCAACGCCCCCCCGCGCCCUCCCCACCCCCGCCGGCAGGCGCGCCACAGCUCACCUGCUCAGCCCCCUGCUGGGAGGGACAGGACCCCCCCGCCCUGGGGACCCCGCGAGGACGACGACGAAUUCGCCGCCGACGACGAGGAGGGGGAGGACGAGGAGGACACGAUCGCGGCCCAGGAGCGGCUCGAGGGCGACGUCGACCACCAGCAGGAGCUCGACGACCUCGCCCGAGAGGGUGCUCUGCCGAUGGAGGAGCUGCUCCAGCGCUACGGCGGCGCGCCGACUUCGCCGACUGGCCUCCGCCCCGGCGCCAGCAGCACCCGCUCAGAGUCCCCGGGGGGCGACAGCGAGGAGGACGAGGAGGAGGAGGAGGAGGACGAGGAUGAGGAGGAUGAAGAUGAAGAUGAUGACGAUGAUGAGGAAGAGGAGGAGGAAGGAGGAGGAGGAGGAGGAGGAGGGGGAGGGGCAGGAGGAGGAGGAGGAGCAGAAGACCCCGCCCCUCCCGCCCAGGUGGCCCCAGGAGGGGGCGGGGCCGCCGAUGGCCCCGCCCCGGCCCCGCCCACCGGUGCAGGGGGAGGGGGCGGGGCCGGGGGAGGAGGCUCCGCCCCCAAGAAGGAGAUCAGCGACAUCGCCGCUGCUGCUGAGAGUCUGCAGCCCAAGGGGUACACCCUGGCCACCACACAGGUGAAGACGCCCAUCCCCCACCUGCUGCGGGGCACGCUCAGGGAGUACCAGCACAUCGGGCUGGACUGGCUGGUGACCAUGUACGAGAAGAAGCUGAACGGGAUCCUGGCUGACGAGAUGGGGCUGGGCAAGACCAUCCAGACCAUCUCCCUGCUGGCACACCUGGCCUGCGAGAAAGGUAGCUGGGGCCCUCACCUGAUCAUCGUGCCCACGUCGGUGAUGCUGAACUGGGAGAUGGAGCUCAAGCGCUGGUGUCCCAGCUUCAAGAUCCUCACCUACUACGGCGCCCAGAAGGAGCGGCGGCUCAAGAGACAGGGGUGGACGAAGCCGAACGCGUUCCACGUGUGCAUCACGUCCUACAAGCUGGUCCUGCAGGACCACCAGGCCUUCCGGCGCAAGAACUGGAAGUACCUGAUCCUGGACGAGGCCCAGAACAUCAAGAACUUCAAGUCCCAGCGCUGGCAGUCCCUGCUCAACUUCAACAGCCAGCGCCGGCUGCUGCUGACGGGGACGCCGCUGCAGAACUCUCUGAUGGAGCUCUGGUCCCUGAUGCACUUCCUGAUGCCGAGGGUGUUCCAAUCCCACCGGGAGUUCCGGGAGUGGUUCCACAACCCCCUCACCGGCAUGAUCGAGGGCAGCCAGGAGUACAACGACGGCCUGGUCAAGAGGCUGCACAAGGUGCUCCGCCCGUUCCUGCUCCGUCGCCUCAAGGUGGACGUGGAGAAGCAAAUGCCCAAAAAAUACGAGCACGUCCUCAGGUGCCGCCUCUCCAAGCGCCAGAGGUUCCUCUACGACGACUUCAUGGGCCAGGCCAGCACCAAGGCCACUUUAGCCAGUGGUCACUUCCUGAGCGUGCUGAACGUGCUGAUGCAGCUCCGCAAGGUCUGCAACCACCCCGACCUGUUCGAGCCCCGGCCCGUCCAGUCCCCCCUGGUCACCCCCGGGCUCUGCCUCGAGGCCCCCGCCCUCGUCCUGCGAGCCCUGGAGCCUCACCCCUUCCAGCAGGUGGACCUGUCCCCGUUGGAGCUGGUGGCCCUGGAGGGUCACCUGUCCCGCUCUCACCUGGGGGGUUUGGGUGGUUCUGGUGGCUCAGGUGUCACCUGGGGAUGGUUCAGGUGACUCUCAGGUGUCAAU